AAUUAGAACGGUUAUUGAGCAGCAUGGACGUUGACAGCAUUCGCGAGCAUUUGCUAGGGGACUCUCAGGAUACUUUCUCAUUUCCUGAUUUCCAUUCAAAUUUUGGUUCAGAGACAGCCAGUACCUAUAAUUGGAAUGAAAUAAUAUACAGCUCCAUGCUUGGAGUGAAGGAGGAGAAUUCAUUGGACGAAGAGAGGUUUCCAUCUCCUGUCACGUCGGUUCCUCCGCCAGCUAGUAAUAACGUACGUACGCAACAACAAGAUUUUCCUGCAUGGGAAACAACAUCACCAUGCAAAGAAAAGGCAGCUGCUUUAGAGAGGAGGCUGACGCCGCACUAUAGGGGAGUGAGGCAGCGGCCGUGGGGGAAAUUUGCAGCAGAAAUACGAGAUCCUGCUAAGAAAGGAGCCAGAGUAUGGCUGGGCACCUUCACUACAGCGGAGGCCGCAGCCCUCGCAUAUGACCGUGCUGCUUUCAGAAUUCGGGGAUCCAAAGCGCUGCUCAACUUUCCCCUCCUCGACCACACGGCCACCGAAGAUUAUCAGGCAGUUCCCGAAAAGUUGACGAAGAGGAGGAGAAAGGAGGUGUCAGCGGGCGGCACUGAAAUGAAGGAGCAUUGUCUUUCUCAGUUCAGAAGGUCCCAAUGCUCUAGUAUGACAAGUGCGGAUUGGACGAUCUGAGCGUAAAAUGUGACAAACGCUUGCAUUUCUUUCAUCCUCCUUUUGAACAGCCUCUUCUUACCAAUUCAAAUCAGACUUAAUCACCGCCUCGUUCAAAUUGUCGACUAGCUGAGACCGACAUACAACACAGCCCUCUUUUCGGCGCCUACAAUCUUAUCUACUAUCUCAUUUAUCCUUAUCAGAAAUCAACAUUCCCUCCUUGCCGACUGCUCAACCGAUCAUCCACCAGAUGUUUAUCUGAUAUUAUUGUUGACUUACCUUCACAG